AUGGACAUCUCGGUUCUGCCCAACAACAACCGCCCGGAAAAGUUAUUUCAGCUGGACGUGGGGAUGCUGCCGGUCACCCACGGAAUGUUCCAGGUCGAGGCAGCUCUGUCGGGGCAGAGGCAGUGGAGUAACCAGGUUUAUCAACAGAGGGAACGUAGGACUGUGAGUGACAAUAGGCCUUCCCCGUCCCCCGAGGGCAGCCCUGUGGUGUUUGUGGACAGAUACCUGGAGAAGCACAUCACGCCGCACACCUUGAAUUCCAAGAUCAAGAGGAACCCUCUGUACACAGACAUAAGGACUAUAGAUAUGGGGGAGAACCAGAAGUCCAAACCCUCCUGGACCAUCCAGGAGUUUGACAGACACUCAAUCCACUCCAACCUGGCAGGCUAUCUAAAGGAAGAAGAAAAAGGACCACGGGAUCUAGAUUUUUGGUUGGAGGAUCUCUACACACCUGGUUACGACUCCUUGUUAAAGAAGAAAGAAGCGCAGAUGAAAAGGAACAGACUUUGCAAAAUACUGACCUACGUCGUUCUGUCAGUGUGCGUCAUCAUUAUCAUCAUCACAGUGCCAAUCGUAGUGACCAGAAAUGUAAAGAAACCGUGACUGAUUUGUAGAAUCAUGCCAAGGUGGGUCAAAUUCUUUCAAAAGGUUUAGGAUGUCUCA